AUGACAAAAUUGAUGGAACUCGGCUCGACGCUUCGAUGGAAACCUGGAAGCUGGCAAGAGUUUGUAUGGGAUGUCUGUAUCGGUUUGGUCACGGGGGCUGGCCACUUUUUGUACUUUUUGAGGAAUUGGUUCAUCGAACGACCUCUAACAUAUGUACUGGGAAUGGACCACAACAUCUUUCAGACCAACCAGAAACUUCGCAAGGGAGAAGGGAAAUUAAAGGUUGUGGGGGUUGGGUUUGGUCGAACGGGAACGUAUUCACUGACUUUGGCAUUAGACGAAUUGGAAUACCCUACGUUACAUACACAGCACUUGUACGAGAAUGAGGAUAUCUUUCGCAUGUGGAUGAACAAUGUCUUUCAGCCAUCAUUGGACAGCGGUCAUGCCACAGUUGGGCAACCUGAUUUUGACAUUAUUGCGCAACAUGGUUACCAAGCCACCAUGGACUUUCCGACCGCUCUGUAUUACGAACAAAUACUCAAGGAGUAUCCGGAUUGCAAGUUCAUUUUGACGACGAGACAAGAUUCCGAAACUUGGUUCCGGUCCUGGGAAGGGUUGGCCAAAUCCAUUACUAGUGCCGCCAAUGUUGGAGGAUCGCUGGUAUCAGCAGUCAAACAAUAUACAAUUUACCUCAGGUGGCUCUAUGCCAUGGUGAAUGAAGAUGAUUCCUAUUUGACUUCCCCGGAACCCCGCGACGAUCAGAACCACUAUGUUGCCAUUCGAUCGUAUGAGAGACACAAUGCUCGGGUGAAACAGAUUAUUCCUCCCAAUCAACUCCUGGAGUACAAUGUAAAGGACGAAUGGAAGCCACUAUGUGAAUUCUUGAAUGUCCCUGUUGACAAGUGUCCCAACAAGCCAUUUCCCAAAACCAACAGUGCACGGAGCGUUCAGAUUCAAUCCAUUUCAAGUUAUGUGUUCCCCUUACUGAUUGUAUCCUGGAUAAGUAUGAAAUUUUUUCGCAAGGCUACCGGCAAGACUGUCGUGGAAUGGGUGCGUGUCCAAACGGACUUGGUGCACCAUCGAUUGCAAAAGACCAUGUUGAGUUAUAAAAGUUGUACUCCAGGAAAAGACUUGGAGGAAGAUGGUGAUGGAAUUGCCGCUGCAGUGUACAAACACUCGUGA